GCUAGUCAUCGUCCAUUGUAUAUCAAAUAUCAAGAAAAAACUCGUAUAGUCAGUUCUUAAAGCAUAAUGGAGCCCGAACGUGAAAAAGGUCUUCAGGACUACCGAAAAAAAUUAUUGGAACAUAAAGAAGUGGAAUCUAGACUGAAAGAAAUGCGGGAGCAGUUGAAAGAUUUAACAAAACAAUAUGAUAAGUCCGAAAAUGACUUGAAAGCUCUCCAAAGUAUGGGACAGAUUGUGGGUGAGGUAUUGAAACAACUGACAGAGGAAAAAUUUAUUGUUAAAGCUACUAACGGUCCCCGCUACGUUGUUGGCUGUCGAAGACAAUUAGAUAAAGCUAAAUUGAAAGCAGGGACAAGAGUAGCUUUAGAUAUGACAACAUUAACUAUUAUGCGCUAUCUGCCCCGAGAAGUGGACCCCUUGGUUUAUAACAUGAGCCAUGAAGAUCCAGGAGACGUCACUUAUUCUGCUAUUGGAGGUCUCUCUGAACAAAUUCGGGAAUUAAGAGAGGUUAUUGAACUGCCUCUGCUGAAUCCUGAACUAUUUAUGAGGGUUGGAAUCACACCUCCAAAGGGUUGCCUUUUAUAUGGACCCCCAGGAACUGGAAAAACUCUUCUUGCUAGGGCUGUAGCCUCUCAAUUAGAUGCAAAUUUCUUGAAAGUUGUUUCCAGUGCAAUUGUUGAUAAAUACAUUGGAGAAUCUGCUAGAUUGAUAAGAGAAAUGUUUAAUUACGCUAAAGAUCACCAACCUUGUAUCAUUUUUAUGGAUGAAAUUGAUGCCAUAGGUGGCCGCAGGUUUUCUGAGGGAACUUCAGCUGACAGAGAAAUUCAAAGAACCCUGAUGGAACUUCUAAAUCAGAUGGACGGAUUUGAUUCAUUGGGACAGGUAAAAAUGAUAAUGGCCACUAAUAGGCCUGAUACAUUGGAUCCUGCUUUGCUCCGCCCAGGUCGUUUGGAUAGAAAAAUUGAGAUACCUCUACCAAACGAGCAAGCAAGACUUGAAAUUCUUAAAAUUCAUGCUUUGCCCAUCGCCAAACAUGGUGAAAUUGACUACGAGGCAAUUGUCAAGCUAUCUGACUCCUUCAAUGGAGCAGAUUUGAGAAAUGUGUGUACAGAAGCAGGGUUGUUUGCAAUCCGGGCAGAAAGAGAAUAUGUGAUUCAGGAAGAUUUCAUGAAGGCAGUGAGAAAAGUUGCAGAUAACAAGAAAUUAGAAAGUAAAUUAGAUUACAAACCUGUAUAAUUUCAACUUAGUUCAAAAUAUUUUCAACAAACAA